CCUAUGACUACCACCGUCACCUUUCCCCAUCUAUAUGAAUCAAUCCACAUUCCUCAGACUGAGUAGCAGGUCUAAUGGGGUGCUUCCUUGCCUGCUUCGGCAUUUCCAAGAAGCGAAAGAGGCGAAGACUUUCCAACAGAGUUGCUGCAGCUGGUGGAGACUAUAGACGUGGGAGUUAUGUACCACUGGACUCAUCAUCUCUCGCAAUAAUCGGUCUUGAUGGUCCGAAAGAGAGUCCCAAUAGUGCAGGUUGUGAACAGCUCAGAGACAAGCCGAAAGAGGCGACGAGCUUCAAGGUCAGGAAGAAAGUCAGCUUCAAUCUGAAUGUCCAGACCUACGAGCCUAUUUCGAAUGAUUAUGAUUUUGUGGAGAGUGAGGAGGAGGAAGAAGAAGUUGACAACAAUGGACAGGAAGGGUCAAAAGGAAGGUCAUCCACGUCAGCAUCUAAGAGGGCCUCAACUGCAUUGAGUUCAUCAAUAGGACUUUUUCCUUCAAACUACAGGUACCAAAAUGUUCGAGACAGCUACGACAGCUACGAAGAAGAGGACUAUGUAGCAGAUGAAGAAAGUGAUCUUGAUGAUGAUGAUUACUAUGGUGAUGAUGACUACUGCGAUGGUGAUAGUGAUAUGGAUGAUCCAAGAAUGAGCCAAGAAGGGGUUCCUAAGCAAAGUUUCUCUUCAUCUAUAAAUGGAGAAUUGGAAUCGUGCCGGUGGAGUCUGAAUGCGGGAGAUAAUAUCCCAUAUGCACAUUCUGUAUUGAGUCCAAUUGAAAAUUUGAGUCAGUGGAAAGCAGCCAAAGCAAAAAUAGCAGCACCAAAGCAGCAAAAGGAGAAUGUCCCAAUUCAAGAACCAAGAAUUCUAUACAGCAGAUCAAGUUGCAACCAGUCCAAACCUCUAUUGCAAGAAAUCCCAGUCCACGCCAGCCUUUCAAGUUGGAUAAAAUAAUGCAAUGGAUAGAGAGUAUGAUAUCAAUCUUAAGCUCAGUUACAUUUCGGAUACUGAAAACUGAGGAGGAUAUUCAACACGUGUACUUGAGGCUGCUUUUUCUCUAGCAAAUUUUGGAUAGUGUGUGAUAUUUGGGAGAUUGUUGUUUGGGUAUUUCUUUCUGAUUCUUUCAAUUGUGUUGUAUAUGAAGAUUUUGUUGGGUAGAUUUGCCCAACUGUUUGUGUAAGAAUUUGACAGUAAAAGGAAACACAAGUCAUGGAUUCCAAAUCCUUGAUUUGUAAUUUACAGUGCAAAA